AUGCCGCUCCAUACCGGUACUCAUAGUCUGCGCUUGAGGAAGCCCAAGAAGGAGGGCAGGAAAAGAACCUCGUCCACCGUUUCCAAUUCCACAACCGUCACCCAGGCUGGCCCUGGGCAGAGUCCAAAAAUCACUACCAACAAACCAUCAUCACCAACUGAACAAGCCAAUGUAUCAAAACAAACCGUGAAACCGCCGCCGGCGCCUGAGGCCCCGCUAGAGAAGCCUACCGAGCCAGCGAAGAAAGUUCCCAAUGUGUUCGAGUUCUUAGAAGAAGAUGACUCGUCAUCAACCUCGUCAUCGUCGUCAGAAUCGGAAUCUUCUGAUGACGAAGAACCUAAACCUCCAGUGCACGCCCAAGCUAUCGCCAAAAUACAAUCACCACAGCCUCGAUCGAGUCCUAUCCCGCACCCGAUACUGGUUUCACAGAAACCAAUAGUAACUCAUGCGUCCACCACAACGCCGAGAACCUCAAGUGAUUCGCGCCCACCACCGCCCGCGCCGACUGCUCCAGCGCCCUCGGAGAGACAAGUGUUGAUCACCCAAAGACAACCACCGCCGCGCAGAGUACCUUCGAUAGAGUCUCACUUACCAGAGAAACAUCAAUUGCAGCUUUCUCGAGCGGAAAGUUACUAUACAUCGAAGGACGCUACUGCCAUUCACAGGUCACCUCUCCCUCCGUCCCCACCGAGCAGUCCAGAAGACAGCCUUCACCGGGGCGUCGUAACCAAACGACGAGACUCGAAUGUGCCGCAAGUAUCAUCAGGAUAUGGCCUCAUUGCGACACAGCUCACCAAGUCUGCUACGCAAGAGAAAGCUGCCUUCCCACCGCUAUACCGACGCUUUGAAAGCGUCAAUCAUCGUGUCUUGUUGCAUCUCCAGGAUGAGAUCUCCCAGAUGGAGGAAGAUCUUCACACUCUCGACGAGUACGAGGAGAUGCAUCGAGUAGCUACCGCCGAGCAAGAGGGCACCAAACCUCUACCUGCUUCGCGUCGAGUCGACAUCCAGUCCCAAGCAUAUCCAUCGCUGCACUACCGGCGCAUGGAUCUGAUGGCUGCCCUCGUUCAGAAGACAGAGCAAUACAACACCGCGCUAAGUGCAUACAGCAAAGUCCUCCAAACUCUCCCCCGCGCCUCAGAAGACGACAUCACCAACUACCGCUCAUGGAUGAAAGAACAUAACCCCAUCGCCGCCGCUGAAACUCGCUUCCUCGACCAAGAUGCUGACCUAGUCGCACUCACCCCGCGAUUGGCAGCAUCUGCAGCUGCAGCACCGGUUUACAUCGCCAUCAUCAUCGCUUCCGGCGCUCUGUUAAUGCCGCUUCUCGCAUUCAGUAUGAUUGCCGAGUUCUCCGGCCGACUCGUCGUGGUAACUGUCACCGGCGGUGCAGCAGCUGCCAUUGCGGCGAACUACUCUACUGGCAUUGAAGCGCUGGUGGACUCUCGGGAUGGAUGGAGAUGUGCGACAUUAUACUUUGGUUUCAUGACCAUCGCUGCCAUGUUCAUCCCCUGA